AUGUUACGGUGUACCACCAGAUGUUUGGCCAGCGACAUCGCGGACCAAUGCAUCAGGGUCAGGGAGGCAAGCGAGUUCAAGCAGAGGGGCUCGAUUGCUUGCAUUCCUUGCCGGCGGUCAAAGGUAAAGUGCGACGAGGGUCGCCCGUGCUUGCGCUGCAAGCGCCAGCACAAGGAAGCAAAUUGCACCUACGAAGAUCCCGAGUUCAUCCCGUCGCACAUGUUGGCAUUGACACAAAGGGAGGACGAGGCUGUGGAUGGCCGGUGUCUAGAAGCUGUACAUGCCCCAUCGGAUGACACUUUGCCGACGAGCCGGCCAGUUCGCAUGCAGGAGCUGCAGGUAGAGAGGCCGAUCGACUUCUGGAUCCGCAGCCUCUCCUUCGAUAGACCGUCCCUGCUGCGCGAGCAUAUGAACUCCAUGGGCUGGCCGGACCGAGUGCUGGCCCGACAUUGGGAGUUCGGCUUCAGCUCCAAGGAGCUGAUGAACAUCUUCGUCUCGCUUCCUCCUUACCUGCAGCAGGUGACGCGACGAGCGCUGCAUGCCGUCGAGAUUAUCAUGGCGGACAAGAUGGAGAAGAAAGCUCGGGCUCCGCAAGCGAAGCUGCUGAUGGAGAGCGAGACGGCAUCGGAGCAUGACCUGGAGCUUGAAAGGAGUUUGUAUCGGCAGCAGAGCUUCGGGGUGAUCAAGCAGCAUCUGCAUCCAUCUACGGGGAAGCGGGCGCAUGUGUACAUAUCGGAUAUCCUGUGCAAAAUCAUCGGGCUACAUGCGGAGGAGGCGCUGGCGAGGAUCGCGAGCAGGGAGCUGUCGCUGAUCACGACGGAGUUCAACUACUUGUGCUACGUAAUGUUCGGGACCUGGUUGUAUGCGACGAGCCCGGGGCGACCGCUGAAACUCUACACGCGCAUCCGAGAUCUAGGGAGCAGCGGGGAUACAGGCUGCGUGGUGACGAGGUUUGUGCAGCAGCAGGAGUUCGACUGCCAUGGGCGGGUGAGGUCGAUGAAGACGUACAUGCUGCCGCUGGACAAGGAAGGGCUGGAGACCUCGGCGGAGCCGCCGGGGAGUGCCGCUGCUCUGUUUGAAAAGCACAUGAGAGGAGGGAAGGACUACAAGACUUGGAUGAACGACUUCGAGUCCGACAUGUUCGCGGGGGAGACGAUCUUGGGGAUGCAGAAGUCGAAGCAGGGGAUGGAGCGGCUGGAGGCGCUUGGGAGGGACCUGGAGCGGAUGUACCAUCCGUUUGUGGAGCAUGCAGAGAGGAUCCUGCACCGGGAAGGACAGUUCAAUGGAAUGUUUUGA